AUGUUUGUGAUUUCAUCUGCAACAUCUGCAAUAACCUUGAAGACUUUAAACUUGGCAAAUAUCCUAAUUCUCAUUGCAGGGAGUAACUACAAGAAAUGGAGGAGAGAAAUUGGACUACUGUUGACAAUUAAUGAGUAUGAUAUAGUCAUUGAUACUCCAAGACCAAUGAUAACAGAACAAAGCACUAGAGCAAAAAAUGGAGACUAUGAGAGGUGGACAAGAGCAAAUAAAAUUGCACUUUCAAUCCUUGAAAGUGGGAUGACUGAUACAAUUCGAGGAGGGAUUAAAAAACAUGAGUUGGCUGCAGAAUAUUUGAAUGCGAUAGAGAAAAAGUUCCAGGGGUCACAGAAAGCAAAGAUCAGUCAAUACAUGUCACUUUUGACAACCAACAAGAUUGAUAAUACUAGUUCAAUUAUGGAUCACAUUACGAAAAUGACUGAUGCAGAAAAGUUAAACUCCAUGGAUGUCAACAUUGCACCCCAGCUGAGGCUCAGGCCGCAGUGGCGCGAGCUUUUGCAACAUGGGCAGGAAACACACUUCUCGUUCAGUCAAGCCCAAAGUUACGAGAACGCAGAUCUGAAGAUCAGUUUUGGUCGGGGUGAUCAUGGAGAUGGGAAUCCAUUUGAUGGCCGCGGUGGGACUCUUGCUCAUGCAUUUGCACCGACCAUUGGGAGAUUCCAAUAUGACGCCGAUGAGCCGUGGGCUGUGGGAGCUGUGGAGGGUGCUUAUGACCUGGAAACCGUGGCUUUGCAUGAAAUCGGGCAUCUGCUUGGGCGAGGACAUAGCUCUGUUGAAGGAGCUGUCAUGUCUUCCGGUGUUCGGACUAGAUUUACCCAAAGUUUGCAUGCGGAUGAUAUUCAAGGAAUUAAAUCUUUAUAUAGCACUUCUUGA